AAUUUCAGACCCUCGCCAAAACCAAAGAAAACGCGCCCGUGUGACGGCGUGACUUGAUGUUUAACUGGAAAAUGCGACGUAACGGAACUUUUAUUUAAGUUUAGAAGAAGCGACCAGUUUCCUGUCACUUACCUAAAAUGAUUGGAAUAAUAAUGAUAGUCUACCAGUUCAUUUUACUGGUGUUUGAUUUCCUGAAUUUUGUCUCCCGAGCCAUUUUGCUGACGCUGCAGGCUGCUUGGAGAUUAGUUUUCCCUCCUCCCGAGAAAUCAGUUGUGGGAGAAAUUGUUUUGAUAACAGGAGCUGGCCAUGGCAUUGGACGCGAGUUGUCCCUCCAGCUGGCACGUCUGGGAGCAAAAAUUGUCUGUUUGGACAUUGAUGAGGCAAACAACCAGAAAACUGUCGCUGAUAUUUGCCGUGAAGGUGGUGCUGCGUAUGGAUACAAAUGCGAUGUGACCAGCAGAGAUGAAGUGAGAACGGUGUCUAAUGAGAUUCGUGAAAAUGUUGGUGAAAUAACUAUUCUUGUGAAUAAUGCAGGGAUAAUGCCCUGUAAGCAGUUUAUCAAGCACACUCCGGAAGAGAUUGAGAGGAUCUUCAAAGUCAACGUAUUCGCACACUUUUGGAUGCUGAAAGAGUGGCUACCAACUUUUAUAGCCAUGGGACGUGGCCAUGUUGUCGCCAUGUCUUCUAUUGCUGGACUUAUGGCAACCAGUAACCUUGUGCCUUAUUGUGCUUCUAAAUAUGCUGUUAAAGGUCUGAUGGAUGGCCUUGUGGAAGAGAUGAGGUAUGGAGGUCGAAAUCCAAACAUCAAAUUUACGUGUGUGCAUCCCUUUGUUGUUGACACCGGGCUGGCAAAGAAGCCCCGUAUAAGGUUCCCUUCCUUAACUCCUGUGCUGACUCCUGAGACUGCUGCAGAAGCCAUUAUCAAUGCUGUACAGUUAGAAGAGCCUGAGGUCUUACUUCCUUUUCAAGCUGCAGUGAUACAUUAUAUUCUUCGGUUGUUACCUCGAGAAGUCCAGAAAGCAUUCCUGGAUUUCAUGGAUACAGGAGUGGAUGAACAUGAUAGCUGAUUAGCUGCUUGGAGAAGCAAGUGAAAGUUGAUGAAAAUGGAUAGUUAAUACAUUAGUUACUGAAGUAGAAUUAUGCACAUGGGUCAGGUAUUUUUUUUUUUUUUUUUUUUUUUUUUUUUUUUUUUACAUAAAUGUUUGUUUACUGUAGGUUGUAUGGCAUGUACUUUUGUACUUAUGAAUAUGCGUGUUUAGUUAGUAAAGAGCUGUUUUAUAAUGAAAUAAAUAUAAGUAAUGGGGCAGUGUCUUUGAGUGUCUUUCUUUAGAAUAAGAGAUUAAUAAAAGGGACUGAAGUACAGACGAUUAUGAUAAUCUUUAAUCCAGUUGUGUGUGAUCUGGAAAUAUCUUGCUGGAAAUCUUUCUACUAAUUUUCUACUGAAUACUUUCUUCAUUUUUGAAUGAGGGUGACAGUGAAUAUUGUUUUUUUCUUUCUUUAUAUAGAAAUGCUCUACAAGGCCAUCAAAAAUAACACAGUAUGGAAGAGUUUAUUUAUUGAUUGUAUAGUUAGGUUGCUAAUCUAGAUACCUCAGUGGUUAGUCCGAUAUAAUAGGGGGAUAUAUUUUUGUAAGGUUCCCUUGUAAUAACCUGAAUGACAAAAUUGUGCAUAAACAAAGGGAGAAGAACUCGACUCAUACAAAAGGCUUUGUUAAUUUACAUAUAUGGAUAACCAUAAUAUGUCUUCCAUGCAGGGCAUUGAAGCUUUAAACACAUGCUUUUUCUUCCUCACUCAACUGUGAUCAAAUUAGGAGUGUGAAACUUUCCAGUGUGAUAGCUUAGGGAAAGGUUUACUUGGCAUUUUCAGAUUUUGUGAUUCUAAAAAUUAUCCAUCAUUUUGUAUCAUUCCAUUUACUCUGUUAUGUACUGUGAUUAGUUUGACAAAAUAUUUCUAUGCCACUGGCUUUUUACAGGAUAAAAUAUACAGGAGAAUAAGAUAUUAAAUUAAAAACAUGAUUCCUACCUAGUACUUAAUCAUGUGAAUCAUUGUUUGGUAUCAUAACAUUCCAGAAAUAUGGCAAAGGGAGGUAAAUGUCAGAAGGCAUAGCUAUAUUUUUAUUCAGGAAGUUUUGUAAAUAGUUAUAUUAUUGAAAGCUAUAUUUCACUAAAUAACUAGUGUUGAGAACAUUUUCUUAUAUUAAGGCCACAUUUUUUGGUGGAGUUGUAUUUUCAUACUGCUUUUAUAAUGUGAAAAAAUCUUUUAGAUAAUAGAGAAUAUCUUAAUGGGAUCCUUAGGGGAUAUUAACCGGAAAAUGUAGGAAGUGUAAAGACCAAAAUUUGCCUUUAAUAAUGAGCUGUUAACAUAGCUUUUUAUAUUCAGAUAUUACUUGUGUGGAUAAAACAAGAAUGAUCUCAUAAGGAAAAUAUGGGUAUAAGAAACUUUAUUUAAUAUGUUAACUAUUACAAUUUCAAUAAAACUGUUCAAAGA